AUGAUAUAUUUGUCAUAUUCUGAUGCCAUACCUCCUACAAUAAUAACUUUAGGAAGUUUUUUACUACUUAUUUUACAAAAACAUCAUGAAAAAAUCGUUGUUUCACCACAAGUGAUCAAUACAGAUACUACAAAUAUCCGAAUUUCGACAGUCAAAAGAGAUGUAAUCAAAUUAGGGAUUUGUAUAAUCCAAGUAUCUCUAUUUUCAUUUUUAUUAGUUCGGAAGGUAUUUGAAAACGUUGAUGUUAUACAUGCAGGAUUACUUGUAUUCUGUUGGCUUUAUGCUACGAUAAUUACUCUGAUCGCCAAAAAACCACGUGCAAAGAAAUGGAGAACGAUUUUGAACGCACAUUUAACGACUAUAGCCUUUUCCGCAUUCUUAUGUUCCAUAUGGUACCUUCGAUUUGUGUUUAUCAUGUCAAAAAAUUCAAAAGAUUCAGAACAAGUUGUCGCGAUUUGCAAUUUGAUCUCUUCAUUUAUCGUUACCGCAGUAGCAAUCACAACUCCUAGAAGCCCUCCACUUUUUGACAACGGAAAACCUGUUACACCAAUAAGUUCUUCUUCAAUAUUUGAUUUUAUGACAUUCGCUGUCAUGAACCCCUUGAUCAAAAAAGCCUAUAAUAAGGAUGCUUUAAAGGAAUCGGACCUUGAUCAACUUCCAUUCGAUUUACGAGCGAUUGCUUUAUAUCAUAGGUUUAAAGCUUGGCGCAGCAAGUCUUUGUUUUAUAGAAUAUGGAAUGCUAAUCAACGUAUUAUAAUAUUUCAAGUUAUUGGAACAAUGUUCGUAUCAUUAUUAUAUUAUGUUCCUUCUCUUUUCUUAUAUUAUUUUCUCGAAUAUAUUCAAGAAAAGCCAUCAGAUAGAGCAAGUAAUUGGGAUUGGGGUUAUAUUUGUAUACUUGGAAUGUUUAUAAGUAAUGUCCUUUUACUUAUAUCUAACGGACAACAAUGGUUCUGGAGUGCGAGCGCAUUCAAUACUUCAAUAUGUGGAAUGUUAAAUGCUGAAAUAUAUGCUAAAAGCUUAAAAAUGACAAAUGGUGUUUGUAUAGAUAAUGUCAAUGAAAAGGAUUCAUCCAAGGGCGACAACGCUGCUGCUGUAGGAAAAUUAAUUAAUCUUAUGGCUGUGGAUACAAGUCGUAUUGGACAAUUUUCAAUGUGGUGGACUAUAUUUUUCGAUACUCCUAUACAAAUUAUUAUUUCACUUUAUUUUCUUUAUCAUUUAUUGGGAAUUGCUAGUAUUAUUGCUUUUACUGCCAUGAUUAUGAUUUUACCUUUAAAUCAUUUAAAUUCCAAUUAUUUAUCCAAAGUUCAAACUAAGCUUAUGAAAGCUAGAGAUCAUAGAGUUAGUUUGAUGAACGAAGUUUUACAGGGAAUUCGAAUGAUUAAAUUAUUUGCUUGGGAAAGAAAGUGGAAAGAACGAAUUUUGGAUGCCCGAGAAAUUGAACUUCAAGAAUUGCGUAAAACUUUCUUAAGUUUAAUAUCUUAUAAUUUAAUCUGGUUGGCCUCUCCAGUAUUUGUAACGAUAAUAAUGUUCUUCGUCUUUACAAAAAUUCAAGGAAAUGAGUUAACCGCAUCAAUUGCUUUUACUUCAAUAACAAUUUUUAAUGAACUGCGAUUUGUUUUAACAAAUUUUCCUGAAGUGUUUAUGCAAGGUUAUCAAGCUAUUAUCAGUAUUAAAAGGAUAGAAAACUUUUUGAAUAGUAAAGAAAUCCAGUCUAAUGAAUCAAAUAUGAAUAAUUAUUCUUUAACAACAAUUGGAUUUAAAAAUGCGAGCGUUACUUGGAAUGAAUACAAUAAUGAAUUAAGUAGUAAUGAGUUCAUUAUGAAAGAUUUGAAUAUUGAAUUUCCUGUUGGAAAAUUAAGUGUAAUAUAUGGACAUACAGGAUCAGGAAAGGGAGAAAUUAUCUUUCCUAAUACUCCUGAGAACAUUUUUAAUCCUGGUCCUCUGACAUCAAAUUGGAUUCUUGAUAAUUGUGUUGCCUUUGUUGCACAAGAAUCUUUUCUCCAAAAUGCUUCAAUCCGUAGUAAUAUAACCUUUGGGCUUCCGUUUCACGAAGAACGUUAUAAUGCUGUUAUAAAAGCUUGUGCCUUGCAAAGAGAUUUCGAAAUCCUUGAAGAUGGUGAUUUGACAGAAAUCGGAGAGAAAGGACUUACAAUCUCUGGUGGACAAAAGCAACGUUGCGCAUUGGCGAGAGCGGUUUAUUCGAGGGCAAAGCAUAUAAUUAUUGAUGAUGCAUUAAGUGCUGUUGACGCUCAUACGGCUAAACAUUUAAUGUUUGAUUGUAUAACUGGUCCAUUGAUGAAAGGACGAACACGUAUCAUUGUUACUCAUCAUGUUGGUUUAACUUUGACAAAAGCUGAUUAUGCGGUUUUAUUAAAAGAUGGAAAAGUUGAAGUUGCUGGUACUGCUCAAGAAUUAAAAGAUUCUUUGUCGGGAAUUUUUACAGAAACUGAUAAUGAAGUUGAAGAUAUUAUUGAAACAGUAGCUGAAAAUACAAACUUUCAAAUGCCAACAAAUGCUUCUUCUGAUAUAAGUAAUGAAUAUGAAAUCCGGCCAAUAGAUGAUUCGACAAUAGGAGUGUCUAGUGAAGGAACAACUAUCAAUGAAGAUAUGAAUGAUUCGGAUCAAGAAGAAUUAGUAGUUGUAUCUACACUCCGCCAAGAUAAAAAUAAAGAUAUGACAAAAACUGCAUUUCCAAAAAAGCUAGUUCAAGAUGAAGAUUAUGCAAUUGGAAAUGUUAGAUUUGGAAUCUAUAUGACGGUAUCUCAAGUAGCAGAAAAUUGGUGGUUAAAAGUUUGGUCAAACGCUAGUAAAAAAGAUUUUAUAAAUUAUGCAUCACUGAUCUUUUAUGAACCAUCAUUUGAUAUCCCAUCAGAUCUAAAUAGACAUGAUACAAAUUAUUAUUUUAGUUAUUAUGUUUUAAUUACAAUAUCAUCUGUUUUACUGGGAGUUUUAAGAAUUGCUUGGCUUUAUUAUGGUUCGUUAAGAGCCUCAAGAAUACUUUAUGAAGCUUUGCUUUAUAAGAUCAUUAGAGCUCCAUUAAGGUUUUUUGAUACAACUCCUGUUGGAAGAAUUCUUAAUAGGUUUAGCAGAGAUUUUGAAACCAUAGAUAGCACGUUAAUUGGAAGUAUGGCAUCAUGCCUUAAUUUUCUCUUAAUGAUGAUUGGUACAGUAAUAGUGAUAUCAGCUAUUACAAAGGGAGCAAUAUAUGCAAAAUGUUCAAGAGAUCUUAAAAGAUUAGAAUCUAUUGCAAAAUCACCUAUAUAUACGCAUUUUGGUGAAACAAUAAUUGGAAUUUCAACAAUUCGAGCAUAUGGCGCAACAAAAAGAUUUAUGGAAGAGAUUUUAGUAAGAAUUGAUGCUAGUAAUAGACCAUUUUUCACAAAAUGCACGGUUAAUAGAUGGUUAUCAGUAAGAUAUAAUAUUAUGGGAGCAGUAUUAACAUUUAUAGCAGGGAUCUUUAUAAUUUUGAAUUUAUAUAGAAUCGAUGCAGGAUUAGCAGGAUUAUCGUUAACAUUUGCUAUGUCAUUUUCCAAGCAAAUUAUGUGGAUGGUCAGGGGUUAUACGGCAUUUGAAAUGAAUUUGAAUUCUAUAGAAAGAGUAUGUGAAUUUAUGGAAAUUAAUCAAGAAGCGGCAGAAAUAAUUGAACCUAGACCACCUGCUAGUUGGCCUUAUGAUGGUAAUAUUAGAGUGGAAAAUUUAUUAAUUAGAUACGCACCAGAAUUAGAGCCUGUUUUACAUCAUGUCUCUUUUGAAAUAUCUGGACAAGAAAAAGUUGGUAUUGUUGGGAGAACCGGAUCAGGGAAAUCAACAAUGUCUUUAUCAUUAUUUAGAUUUAUUGAACCUUCUGAUGGAAAAAUAAUUAUUGAUGGAAUUGAUAUAAGUACAAUUGGUAUUGAAGAUCUCAGAUCAAGGCUUACAAUUAUUCCACAAGAUCCAAUAUUAUUUACAGGUACUAUUCGAUCCAACCUUGAUACAUUUUCGCAAUAUGAAGAUCAUGAAUUAUAUGAGUCUUUGAGAAGAGUACGUUUACUACCAUCGUUAGAAGAAGAGGAGCACCUAAAUUCGCAAGAAAUGGAUUUAAUAACAACUCUAGAUGAUAAUAAGAAUAUAAAUGUAUUUAAAAAUUUAGAUGCGCCGAUAACUGAAGGUGGGAAAAACCUUAGUCAAGGACAAAGACAAUUAUUAUGCUUGGCUAGAGCCUUAUUAAAAAGGUCUAAAAUUAUUCUUAUGGAUGAAGCAACUGCAAGUAUUGAUUUUGCUAUGGAUGAUAAAAUUCAGAAAAUGAUUAGAAAAGAAUUUAUAGAUUGUACUAUAUUAUGUAUUGCACAUAGAUUAAGAACUGUUAUCGAUUAUGAUAGAAUUCUUGUAUUAGAUCAAGGAAAUGUCAUUGAAUUUAAUAGCCCGCAAAACCUUAUCUCCAAUCCAAAUUCAUUAUUUUAUCAAAUGUGUCAAAAUUCUGGAGAAUUUGACAUGUUAAAAUCAUUAAUUUCUAAAACUAAUGACAAUAGAUAUGAAUUUUAA